AGCCCUUGGUGCAUGUGUAUAUCCUGAGCCUCAUGAUCUACUCUUCUUAAUCAAUGUUGAAAAGUCUUCAUCUCAGUUGAGCAGGGAGACUGAGGCAACCAGGAGAAAGUCAAGGACAGUCUCCAUGUAGCUGUAACGUUCUCAGUGACAUAUCUUGUGACUUUAAUAUACUACACAUCAGCAUGCCUGUGUGGGCGUGACUGAUGUGAUUUCAAUGCUACAGGGAUGGUGUUUGGAAAUGUUAAGACUUUGAGAUCUGUUAAUUGUGCAAUUGGAGCUAGCCUAAGGAAGCAGCAACCUCGUGGUUUUGUGUUUUGCUGAGCCUCCCUUGCUGUCACACUUGUUAUUGGAUAUGACUGAUGCUCGUGAAAUCAUGGGCUCUUAGGAACUGAGAAAAAAAGUGACUCAUAAAUGUGCAUGCCUUUUCUUGCCUUGAGACUUCAAAGUGUAAUUUUACCUUUGUCCUUUCUGAAAUUUGUAUUCUUCUCAGGUCUUCUAUGUGCAUUGCCUCCUGCCAAGACACUUUUACUUUCUCUAUCUCUGCAAAUCUGAUGCACAUUCCCCUCAGUCCUUAUGCAAGUCAUGGACUAAACUAUUGACUAGAAUAAGCCAAGCAGAGCUUUAUGAGGAAAUUAAUCAACAUCAUUAACACUGAAGCAUUGUUUAAUUGUGGCUUGUGCAUUAACAUUUUCUGUCAUUGCUACAGAGGAACCAAAACUUGACCAAUGUCGUGAAACAUGCAUGUGCUGUGUCUGAGGUAUUCAGCAGAUCAGAGCCACCCUAGAAUUUUUAUUCCGAAAGAGAAGGCUAUCUUUCCUUCAUUCCCAGUGUCUUCUUAGAGACCACUGUUCCUGAGCUCUGUCAUCCAAUAUAACCCCUUUCAGAACAGAUCCAGAGAAGUGGCCAAGAGCAGAGUCAACCUCACCUAAUACUCAUCUUAAAAUGAAAACCAAACCAAAGGUCACCUGUCUCCAGUGUUCUAGAACCACCUGGUCUAUUGUUACAUCUCACAAAGAUUGCUUCUCACAAUUUCUCAAGCCCAUCUUGUCAUAAGACACCAUUCACUUGAUCCAUCUGACACUAGAACAUUUAAAGGGGCUACAAGUCCUCUUAAGACUCCGCGCUUCUUGGACUUCAAGGCUUUUUGAACAAGGUUGAGCUGAUGCUGGAUUACCAGGGAAUCUAUGCCGUUGCACUGGAUACAGGCCCAUUGUGGAGAGUGCGAGAAGUUUCAGCCCUAACUCAGCUUGCUGCCCGAUGAAUGAGAAAUGGAAAUGUUGCUUGGAUGAAGGAAAAAACGAGCCUGAGAGAAAAAACAGUGUUUGCACCAAGUUAUAUGAAAAAGAAGAAUUUCAACCCUUGGACCCAACUCAGGAGCUUAUAUUUCCACCUGAACUGAUGAGAAUGGCAGAGGAUUCCCCAAAUACAGUUCUGACUUUCCGUGGGGAAAGGACGACCUGGAUUGCCCCAGGAACCCUAAAUGACCUUCUGGAACUGAAAAUGGAGUACCCCAGUGCUCCGCUCGUGAUCGGCAACACGUGUCUUGGGCUUGAUAUGAAGUUCAAAGACGUUUCUUAUCCAAUUAUCAUCUCUCCUGCAAGGAUCUUAGAAUUAUUUGUGGUGACUAAUACAAAUGAAGGGCUGACACUGGGCGCUGGCCUCAGCCUGACCCAGGUGAAGAAUAUCUUGUCUGAUGUGGUCUCCAGGCUCCCGAAGGAGAGGACGCAGACAUACCGUGCUCUCCUGAAGCACCUGAGGACUCUGGCUGGGCAGCAGAUCAGGAAUGUGGCUUCCUUAGGUGGUCAUAUUAUCAGUAGACUGCCGACCUCUGACCUCAACCCUAUUUUCGGUGUAGGCAAUUGCAAACUCAAUGUUGCUUCAACAGAAGGAACACAGCAAAUCCCUCUGAACGAUCAUUUUCUCGCUGGAGUCCCAGAGGCCAUCCUGAAGCCAGAGCAAGUGCUCAUCUCGGUUUUCGUGCCCCUCUCCAGGAAGUGGGAGUUCGUAUCAGCUUUCAGACAGGCCCCGCGUCAGCAAAAUGCGUUUGCGAUAGUGAAUGCUGGAAUGCGAGUCGCUUUCAAAGAGGAUACAAACACCAUUACAGACUUGAGCAUCUUAUAUGGAGGGAUUGGUGCCACUGUAGUCAGCGCCAAGUCCUGCCAGCAGCUGAUUGGAAGGUGUUGGGAUGAGGAAAUGCUGGAUGACGCUGGCCGGAUGAUUCGUGAAGAAGUCUCCCUCCUCACAGCAGCCCCCGGAGGAAUGGUGGAAUACCGGAAGACCCUUGCCAUCAGUUUCCUCUUCAAGUUUUACUUAGAUGUGUUGAAGCAGCUAAAGAGGAGGAAUCCCCAUAGGUGCCCUGACAUCUCACAGAAACUCCUACAGGUUCUGGAAGACUUUCCUUUGACCAUGCCUCAUGGGACACAGUCAUUUAAAGAUGUAGACUCCCAGCAGCCUCUGCAAGACCCAGUCGGGCGUCCCAUCAUGCAUCAGUCUGGCAUCAAACACGCCACAGGGGAGGCCGUAUUUUGUGAUGAUAUGUCUGUGUUGGCAGGGGAACUCUUCUUGGCUGUGGUAACCAGCAGCAAGCCACAUGCUAGAAUCAUCUCCCUCGAUGCCUCUGAGGCCUUGGCAUCACCUGGUGUGGUUGAUGUGAUAACAGCUCAAGAUGUGCCUGGUGACAAUGGCAGAGAAGAGGAAAGCCUGUAUGCACAGGAUGAGGUGAUCUGCGUGGGUCAGAUUGUCUGCGCCGUGGCUGCUGACUCGUAUGCUCGCGCCAAGCAGGCCACAAAAAAAGUAAAGAUUGUCUAUGAAGACAUGGAGCCCAUGAUUGUGACGGUUCAGGAUGCACUGCAACAUGAAUCAUUCAUUGGACCUGAAAAAAAACUAGAACAAGGAAAUGUCCAGUUAGCAUUUCAAAGUGCUGAUCAAAUCCUCGAAGGGGAAGUGCACUUGGGAGGCCAGGAGCAUUUUUACAUGGAGACUCAAAGCGUACGAGUGAUCCCCAAGGGAGAGGACAUGGAGAUGGACAUAUAUGUGUCCAGCCAGGACGCAGCGUUUACCCAGGAAAUGGUGGCUCGAACCUUGGGCAUCCCAAAGAACAGGAUCACCUGCCACGUGAAAAGGGUUGGUGGAGCCUUCGGAGGGAAAACGAGCAAACCUGGGCUCCUGGCAUCGGUGGCAGCUGUGGCCGCACAGAAGACCGGCCGCCCAAUCCGUUUUAUUCUAGAGCGUGGGGAUGACAUGUUGAUAACGGGAGGACGUCACCCACUACUCGGGAAAUACAGGGUUGGCUUCAUGAACAAUGGGAAGAUCAAGGCAGCAGACAUCCAGCUUUAUAUCAACGGAGGCUGCACCCCAGAUGAUUCUGAACUGGUGAUAGAAUAUGCUUUGCUCAAACUGGAAAAUGCGUACAAGAUCCCCAACCUCCGUGUCCGAGGUCGCGUCUGUAAGACCAACUUGCCAUCCAAUACAGCGUUUCGGGGAUUUGGUUUUCCCCAGGGGGCAUUCGUAACAGAAACCUGGGUGUCAGCUGUGGCAGCCAAAUGCCACUUGCCACCAGAGAAGGUUCGAGAGUUAAACAUGUACAAAACAAUCGACAGGACAAUUCACAAGCAAGAAUUUGACCCAACGAAUCUGAUAAAGUGCUGGGAGACAUGUAUGGAAAAUUCUUCCUACUACAGCAGAAAGAAGGCUGUAGAUGAAUUUAACCAGCAGAGUUUUUGGAAGAAGAGAGGAAUUGCCAUCAUCCCCAUGAAGUUCUCAGUUGGAUUUCCAAAGACAUUUUAUCAUCAGGCUGCUGCUUUGGUCCAGAUCUACACAGAUGGGUCUGUACUAGUUGCUCAUGGUGGUGUUGAACUGGGACAAGGUAUUAACACCAAAAUGAUACAGGUGGCUAGCCGUGAAUUAAAAAUACCAAUGUCUUAUAUACACCUGGAUGAAAUGAACACUAUGACCGUCCCCAACACGAUUACCACUGGAGGCUCCACUGGUGCCGAUGUCAACGGGAGAGCUGUUCAGAAUGCCUGUCAGAUCCUCAUGAAGCGCCUGGAACCCAUCAUCAGCCAGAAUCCUAAUGGUGACUGGGAAGAGUGGAUUAAUGAAGCUUUCAUUCAAAGCAUUAGCCUCUCUGCCACUGGAUAUUUUAGGGGUUACCAAGCUGACAUGGACUGGGAGAAGGGAGAAGGUGACAUUUAUCCCUAUUUUGUUUUUGGAGCUGCCUGUUCUGAGGUUGAAAUUGAUUGUCUGACGGGAGCUCACAAGAACAUCAGAACUGACAUUGUCAUGGAUGGAUCUUUCAGUAUAAACCCUGCUGUGGACAUAGGCCAGAUCGAAGGGGCAUUUGUUCAAGGUCUUGGACUUUAUACUCUAGAGGAACUGAAAUAUUCCCCUGAAGGAGUCCUAUACACCCGUGGUCCACACCAGUACAAAAUAGCAUCAGUUAGCGACAUCCCAGAAGAAUUCCAUGUAUCAUUGUUGACACCAACCCAAAACCCCAAAGCCAUCUACUCUUCUAAGGGCCUUGGUGAAGCUGGAAUGUUUCUAGGUUCUUCUGUGUUCUUCGCUAUUGCUGCUGCCGUGGCUGCCGCCCGCAAGGAGAGAGGCCUGCCCCUGAUUUUGGCCAUAAACAGCCCUGCCACAGCAGAAGUAAUUCGAAUGGCCUGUGAGGACCAGUUUACAAACCUGGUUCCAAAAACGGAUUCUAAAUGCUGUAAGCCAUGGUCCAUCCCAGUUGCCUGAUGCUUGGGGUUUGAGCACAAAAACAGAUAUCCUGAAGAACUUAAAGCUUCAAUGGGUCACUAGAAUAAACAACUUCAUCUAAAAUACAUAGACAAUUAGAGGCAAUUCUUAAAUUUUCAUAUUUACAGAAUCUUGUAAUCUUUAAUCACGUGUGCUACAAGUAGUAACAUUUUUGGAGCUUCAGCCAAAGGUCACGGUUAGGUCAACUAAACCUCAUUUCCCAGUGGGUGAAGAAUUUCUCUGCUGAGUCUACAGAGAAAAUGAGCAUCUACUCUUGAUGAGAUGUUCCUAUUCCAAAAAGGAUAAAAAUAAAACAGAGAAAUGGACAGGAUUCUGUGAUCAUUAGCUUAUGUAGUUUGUGAAGUUCCGGUAUUGUGAUGCUGUGUGUAAAAGAACUUGGUUUUAUUUACCAUUCCAGAUCGGAUCACAUGUUCAAUUUAGGAGCCAACAGUCUGUAGCAACUGAGGCUUGGCUUGCUUGUUGUAAUGUAUACGUUUGUUGAAAAGUCCCUUGAUUCUUUUUUUUUUUUUUUUUUUUUUUUUUUUUUGGUUCUUUUUUUCGGAGCUGGGGACCGAAUCCAGGGCCUUGUGCUUCCUAGGUAAGCGCUCUACCACUGAGCUAAAUCCCCAGCCCCUUGAUUCUUUUUUUUUCCCAAGACUCUUAGUUACUGAAGAUUCACUGAGAUGCUACCUAUGGCAGAGUUGCCUCUAAGAUGACCCAUGGGAGGGCAAUUUAGAGAAACAGAGGAAGCAGCUUUAGGAUUUCAAAGAAGCAGUGACAUAUGGCUUCCCCAAACAAGUCCGCCUUGAGACAAACGCAGCCGGACAACUGCAACCAUUGUGCCUAUCAGUCCGGUUCAGAAGGCACAAGUACUUAAUAUUUUGAUAGUCACAGCAUAUCCGAUGUUGUCCAGUCUGAAAUAUUCUAGCAUGUGUACAAUAAUCACCUUAGACUUCACGAAAGUUUUAGUGGCAGACACUUUCAAUGUGCUGAUUUUGCCCAUGGCAUUGCCUUAAGUGCUGUCCAGUAACUCCUAUCUGAGCCCGCUCCCACUCCCUUCCAUUUUGGGAUGCCUCUGCUUCCUACAGACACCAGCUCCAGCUCGGGGGCAGCCCAGUGAGUGUCAAGUGAAAAGACAAAAGGAAGCAGACAGCUUGCACAGUGCACAGUAACAAUUCUUACCCCUACGUCAUUUGAGUUUUCUCACUUCUUAGUCAGAAUUAUUAGGUAUUUAUACACUUCGAUGCCCAAAGAAAACACGGGCUUUGUUAAUCGAUGUUUUAGCUUUAUUUUCUUCUAAAUAGGUUUUGCUUUGUCUUAUAUAUUCCUUACUUCUCUCUUGAUUUUUUUCCCUCUCCCUUUUGACAUGAAUGGUUGCUUUUCUGUUUUAAAAUUAUUGAAGUUUAAUAAAAAUAUUACAUUUCAGGGGCCAGAGAGAUGGUCUCCUCUGGCAGAGAACUCAGAUUCUGUUUUCAACACCCAAAUGGUAGAAACAACCACCCCAACUCCCAUUCCAGUGGACCUAAUGCCUUCUUCUAGACUCUGAGGGCACUGUGCACACAUGGCACAAAUAUAUGCAUGCAGAUAAAACACUCAUACAUAGGAUAAAAUAAAUAAAUCAAAAAUUAAUUUAAAAAACUAUUUUUCACCCAAAAUAUGACAGUAGUUGAAUCUUAGUGAUUUCUGAAACAGGCUUUUUGUUGUCUUAGCUUUGUUUGGUUUGGAUUUUUUUUUUUUUUUUUUUUUUUUUGGUUUGGAUUUUGACACAGGAUCUUGAACUCAAAAUGAUUCUUCCUUAGCUUCCUGAGGGCUGGGAUUACAGGCAUGCACCUCCAAGCAUAAUUGUAUCAUUUAUUUCUCUAUAAACUUUAUGUUCUGUUUUCAUUCCCUUUUAAUAUAAAUAAAUAUAUUAAAAAUUUAUUCUAAAACACA